AUGGUCUUGCUGGGCCUCUCACAGGUCCUUAGCCUGGCUUUGGCCAGCUUUCUCCUCCUCUCCUACUCAGCCGUGCUGCUGGGGAACCUGUCCAUUAUCCUGACCAUCCGCGCUGAGCCACGCCUGGCUGCUUCCCCCAUGUACUACCUUCUAGGCAACCUCUCCCUGGUGGACCUGUGCUACACCUCAGUCACCACCCCCCGGAUGGCCCUUGGACUGCUCUCUGGCCAUGCCACCAUCCCCUUGGGAGAGUGUCUGGGCCAUCUCUUCUUCCUGCACUUCUUGGGCUGCACCAAGAUAUUCCUCCUCACCGCCAUGGCCUACGACCGCUACGUAGCCAUCUGCCAGCCUCUGCACUACACGACCAUCAUGGGCUACCGCACCUGCGCCGGGUUAGUGGCCGGCUCCUGGAUGGGGGCCCUGGCCCACUUUUUGGUACAGACUCUACUGGCCGCCACAUUGCCCUACUGUGGCCCCAACCGCAUCGACCACUAUUUCUGUGAUGUGGCCCCACUGCUCGGCGUUGCCUGCACUGACACGUCCCUAAUGGAGAUCCUGGUGGUGUCCGACACCGGGGCCAUUUCCCUGGGCUGCUUCCUGGUGUUGCUGGUCUCCUACGGGGUCAUCUUGGCCACCUUGCGGCGCCGCUUUGCUGAGGGCAGGCGCAAGGCCCUGUCCACCUGCACGGCCCAUCUGAUGGUGGUGGCCAUCUUUUUUGGACCCUGCAUCUUCAUCUACACUAGGCCCUUCUCCACCAUCCCUGCUGACAAGGUGGUGUCGCUGCUGGCCACUGUGGUGAUACCUGUGCUCAACCCACUGAUCUACACCCUGAGGAACACAGAGAUGAAGGGAUCCAUGAGGCAGCUGUGGGGCAAGCAGAUGGUCUCUGAUGACUCCAGCACAGCUCCCUUUAGCACUCGAGGUGGCUCUGGAGUCAGUGCUCAUUCUGAGGAGAGACCGCCCCUACUGAGCCCUCUGCCCUGCUCCCUGCAGCACAGCACCCCAUAG